GAGAAACGGAGAGGAUGAAGACUUGGCCACCAUCUACAUGUAUGGUGGGGUGUAUUUGCAGUCAGACAGGGAAUAGUGCUGGAAGAUUUUUUUCGCAUCUAUCCUCAAUCCAUACAAGAGUGAGCAUGAGGAACUAUGACUGGGGCAACAAUGCUUUAUUGGAGGAAUUGGAACGCUCCACCCUCCAGGACAAUGAUGAAUAUUCUAACCCAGCUCCUCCUUCCCUGGAUCAGCAUUCCAAAAAGGAGAGUAACCUUGCUGAGGCUUCAAAGAUCCUGCCCCAUCAGAGUAACGCAAAUCCCUCCUCGGUGCAGCUUGUGUAUACUACAAGUAUCCAGGAGCCCAAUGUCUACAGUGAAGUUCAAGAGCCAAAGGAAUCACCACCACUUCCUAAAACUUCAGCAGCUGCUCAGCUGGAUGAACUCAUGGCCCAUUUGAGUGAAAUGCAGGCCAAGGUUGUGAUGAAGGCAGAUGCCAGCAAGAAACAGUUACCAGACAAGCAGGAUCACAAGGCUUCCCUGGAUUCAAUGCUUGGGGGUUUGGAGCAGGAAUUGCAGGACCUUGGGAUUGCCACCGUGCCCAAGGGCCACUGUGCUUCCUGCCAGAAACCGAUUGCUGGGAAGAUGAUCCAUGCCCUAGGACAGUCAUGGCAUCCAGAGCACUUUGUCUGUACUCACUGCAAAGAAGAGAUUGGCUCCAGUCCCUUCUUCGAGCGGAGUGGCUUGGCCUACUGCCCCAAAGACUACCACCACCUUUUUUCUCCACGCUGUGCCUACUGCGCUGCUCCUAUUGUGGACAAAGUGCUAACAGCAAUGAACCAGACAUGGCACCCAGAGCACUUCUUCUGCUCUCACUGUGGAGAGGUGUUUGGUGCUGAAGGCUUUCAUGAGAAGGACAAGAAGCCAUAUUGCAGAAAAGAUUUCUUAGCCAUGUUUUCACCCAAGUGUGGUGGUUGCAACCGCCCAGUGUUGGAAAACUACCUUUCAGCUAUGGACAAUGUCUGGCACCCAGAAUGCUUUGUGUGCGGGGACUGCUUCAGCAGUUUUUCUACUGGCUCCUUCUUUGAACUGGAUGGACGUCCAUUCUGUGAGCUCCACUAUCAUCACCGCCGAGGAACCCUCUGCCAUGGAUGUGGGCAGCCCAUCACUGGUCGCUGCAUCAGUGCCAUGGGUCAUAAAUUCCACCCUGAGCACUUUGUGUGUGCAUUCUGCCUGACACAGUUGUCAAAGGGCAUCUUCAGGGAGCAGAAUGACAAGACCUAUUGUCAAUCCUGCUUCAAUAAGCUCUUCUCACUCUGAUCUCAACCAAUCUACAACUUCCUCAAAUGGCCUAGAAAAUGUAAACCAAGAUGAGAGAGUACAUUUGCUGUUACUGACUUUUUGCUUAAAUAGGCUUAUAGAGAAUGUAAAGGUGAUGAGUAAAUAAGGGGACAUCGAGACAUUACAUGAUUAGACUUAGAAUAUUUUAUUUUAGGAUUCUAGUUUUAUAUCUUUUUAAUCUGGAACUUGGAUUUAGACCUACGUCUUACUAUUAAGUCCCUCUGCAGUUAUAUUUUCUGCAUGCACCUUUUGUUCUACCUCUGGUUUUCUGUUUCUAAUUUCUACCUCUCCUGGUGGCCUUCAGAUAUGUCCUGCUCCAAGCUUCCUUGUUUCCCUGAAUAAUCACUGCUGUGUCAUUGUCCUUGCUGUUAGGAAUCAUGAUACCACUCUUUAAUUCUUUGCCUCUCCCUUCAAUGUAUUUCUCUUUUUCAUGGGGAAAUAGAUUUUAACUGACAUCCUUGAUAAAUAAAAUGGCUUGUGGUUUUGAUGA